AUGGAUGGUCACGAUUGGUUUCUUGUGUUUGUGGGAUUUUUCUUACCCCCUGUACCUGUGUUAAUCAAAAGAGGAUUUUUCUCUGCUGAUUUUUGGAUCAACAUUUUAUUAUGUCUUUUAGGAUUCCUUCCUGGGUUGUUGCAUUCAUACUAUAUCAUUCUGAUCUAUCCAUACAGAGCAACAUAUGCGGCUUUAGGUGGCGAUGGACAUAAUAACAGAACUGAUGAUUACGGUGCUACUACAUCUACUUGA